UAAGUUAUUAGUACACAUUAGUAAUAACAAAGUUUCUAGUAUUCCUGUUCGACUUAAAAUGUUAAUUUUGUUUAUAUAUUUUGUGUUUUUUGUAUUUAAAUCUAAUGCUUUCGACUUGUCUGAAAAACUGGAACUGAGAAUUAAUAAUGAGCUUCUAACCGAUGUUAAAGAGUCUAUAACGUCUGAUUAUGAAGCUGUAGCUAACUAUACUUAUGAUGAAGGAGAGGACAUUGAUUUCAAGUGUAUUAUUAUAAACAGCAGAAAAGAUCGCCAACUGCGAUUGGAAUAUUACAAUGCACGAGACGAAAUCAUAUUUAAAACGGUGGAUUCGAAAGUGCAAACCCAACAAUUUCGCUCGAUUCUGAAAAGUGAAAAUGAUAAAUAUUACCUGGACUGCGUUUGUAAGACUAGCCAAACAUUUCAGGAGUACCGUUAUAGAGUAUUUUUUAAUUUAAGGAUACAAGAUUCAGGUCCAAAUAAUCACGCUCUUUCAUUAUUUAUCAAUGGAGAAAGACAUUUGUUAUGUCCUAAAGAAAUCGAACCAUCCUAUGAUGAUUAUAGACCAUAUAAGUUCAUAGAUGGAGAACAAGUAAAUAUUACCUGUAAGAAAAAUAAAACAUUGAAAGGAGAUUUAAGAUUUUAUUUCCCGGUAGUAAAUAAUACGAGUCAACCAAAUGCCACUUAUAUAAGUGAGUCAGAAAUAAUGCUAAGUUUACUGACAAUGCAAUACAAAAUACAUGGAAAAGCAUUGGUUUGUUUGAUAACUAACUCGGAUGUGACAAAACCGAAUACUAGAGUAGAAUUUAUAUCUGAUGUUCCAGAGUCAGGCAUCCGUAUAACAGGGCUGAAAAGAAAGAACAUUAUGUACCAAUUCACAAAUGCCUCAAAAUGGACCAUUGUGUACCAGUAUGCUUUCAACGAAAAACUUAAUUUAACCUGUGUCGUCAAAAGGAAUAUUAGUAUUAGUACCCACCAAAUUCAAUGGAAAUUUGAAGGUGAAACCCUGGCUUCUGACGUCAAGUUCACGUCUACAGCACUUAUAGUGUCCACCUCAAGAUUCGUGCAGAUGUUAGACGAAACAUACGAUCGGAUAACUAUACAAUGCAUUUAUCAAAAUUCGUCACAAAAUUCCAAAAUUGCGGCAGAGGUAGUUCUGCAUUAUAAUCCAGAAUUAGCUGCAGAAAUACAGAGUAAAAAUAUGAACGAUGACGAAAGCCAGGUGGAAGUCAUUGGCCUUACCAUUGCUGCUGUGGUAUUAGCUGUUGCUGUGGUCAUCACCUGCUUUGUCCUUUGGUUAAAAAGGAAUAAACAUUCCAGACUUAUUGAGAAUGCUUACGACGAUCUACAGAGCCAAAAUGAGACUCCUAUCCCAGUGUUCCCAAGCCAAUGGGAAAGUGACUAUUCCCACUACACCAAAAUCGAUGAAGGAGUAACACAACAAAAUUACAAUUACGCUGGUUUCAACGAUUUCAAAAACAGGCAGAGUAACACGCCGAGUGAAAACUAUUACACUGAAAUAGAUGAUUAUUUCAAACCCAAAGUUGAUGGAAGAGGCGACGUUUGGAAAUUGGCAAUACCAACAGCAGAUAAAAGUAAACCCAGCAACCCAUUUGACGAUACAUAUAAUAAUCUUAACCAUAACUUAGCUAUUGACAAUAAGGUUACGGAAAGAAGAACUGAUGUAUAUGGUAAUGAUACUUUAACAGUUAAAAAGAAUAGUGUUACUUUCCAAGAUGAAGAACCAAGAGCAGGCCAAGGAAUCUUAAGUAGUGGAAAUCCUUUUAGAAGUACAAACCCAAGACUUAAUGACGAAAAACAUGAAGACUGUGAAAUUAAUGAUCAAACCAACUUGCCAGGCCAUUUGCAAGUUAAGGAUAAUAACUGUGAAGAUAACAUGGAAAAUGCUUACGUAUACGCAGAACCUUAUUCAGAAUUUGAUAAAAUUGUAACUAAUACGCUGUAUGAGAAGAUGACGGAGUGUUUUAGUGAAAAGAAAAACUAAUAAGUCCAACUUAUUAUAUAAGUUAUAAAAGUUUUUGAGCUUUUUUUUAACGA